CCCUUUUUUUCCUCACGAACAAAGUCAAAGCCCCAUUUUCUCACGCCCGACAUCUUUCUCUUUCUCUCUUAUCUCACCAUUAUGUCUCUUUCACAAGAACAGCAACAAGAAGCAGCUGCAUUACUCCCUGAUCUUCUGGCUGAGGAGAAGGAACUCCAGUUCUCAAGGUUCACUAAUGAUGAUGCCCUCACUCUUGGAAAUAGAUUGACUCAGUUGGCUAAGGCUUGGAACAAGGGAGGAGUCACUAUCUCAAUUACUCGCAACGGACAAGUUCUCUUCCAACAUGCUAUGGCAGGAACAUCUGUUGAUAAUGAAAACUGGAUGCGUCGUAAAACCAAUACAGUGGUUCGCCUACAACAUUCGUCAUACUAUAUCGGUCGUUCACUUGCUGCCAAAGGUGAAACUGACAUGGAACGUAGCUAUAAAGUGUCUAUGGUCGACUAUGCCUGUCAUGGCGGAGGAUUCCCAUUGCUGAUCAGAAAUGUUGGCUGUGUAGGCGCGAUUGUUGUCAGUGGGCUCAAACAGGCGGAGGACCAUGCUCUGGUCGUCCAAGGUAUCCGCGAAAUGAUUCAAAGCAUGGAAAGCAAACCGUAAAGGAACACAUGCAAAGCUAAGAAAUUUAAUCCAUGCAAGAACGGGAAGCAAAUUAUUUCAUAUAUUUUCAUGGUACACACAUUGAGUGCAAAGUGGUUUUGCUGAAGAAGGAUCCAAGUCACCAUAAGAAUAAACUUGAUAUAACAGUUAAU